AUGAAAAGAAAGAAAAAAAAAGAAGAAAAAAGGAACACAACUUCCCCGUUUUUUACCUUAGAUUAUUUGUUCCUCGGUAAAAAAAGGAAACGUCACAGAAGGGCUCAUCAAGUACGUCGUCCUCCAACUUUGGAAGAACAACUCCUUGACGAUGUGGACGACCAGGCAGAUGGUCCACAUGAAUAUACCUUAGUAAAGGAACGCAGAAAACCAAGAUCUGUUCCAACGGGAACGAAGAUGCGAAAAAAACUUGCUGAUGAUCGCCUUGGUGUUGGUCGUCCUGGUGUACGUCGACGUACCAUUAUUGAUAUUUAUUUAGAAGUCUUAGACGAAUGUCAAAAAGGGGACCUCCAUUCGACGAAGGAGGACUUUUUUGAAAUUUUGGUUUGGGAAUUUAUGGGAAGCGAAUUUAUAAAAGGGGAAAAUGUUCCUAAGGAACAGGUUCCAUGUUCAGAUUCCGGGUUUAGGGAAGAAAACUUUGUUCUUAUGGUUGAUAUUCCUAAGGAACAGGUUCCAAGUUCAGAUUGCAGUUUUAGGGUGUAG